AUGGCACUUUCACCUAUUAAUAUCUAUGAUGUUCCUAUGGAAAAGUAUGCGUAUUCGCUCACAGGUGAAUUAGGUACAACUGGCCUAUCACCAUGUGUAGCGGUUAUUGUCAUAUUCUCUGAUCAUACAAUUAUGAUGGAACAUCGUUCUGAUAUUGAACUAUAUAAAUAUGGAAGUGAGGCAGAAGCAUUUAUAUCAGGAUGA